AUGGCUCCUGACAACUUUUCCAACGUUUUGCAAAAUUUUAAUACUUUAAACAAGGAAUGGCACUCUGCCCGUCCUGAUCUGGCUAAAUGUGGUAGCCUUCUUACGCAACUAAAGAUUGCACUGGCCACCACUUCACUGCUACCGACGGAUAAAAUUGGACAGGAUACCGACACUCUGGUUGUCGCUCGGGGUACUUUGGAAAUUGGGGCGCAAUGGAGUAUCGCUAAGAAAGAUAUUCAAUCAUUUCAACGAUAUAUGACCCAAUUGAAGCCUUAUUAUAUUGAUUAUAGUGAUAUUCUCCCGGAAUCGCCGUAUAUGUAUCAAUUACUCGGUCUAAAUUUGCUGGCUUUGCUAGCUGAAAAUAGAUUAGCCGAAUUUCACAUAGAAUUAGAACUAUUACCUCCUUCAGAAAUUUAUAGUAACAUCUAUAUUAAACAUCCAACAACAAUUGAACAGUACCUAAUGGAAGGCAGCUAUAAUAAGGUUUUCCUUGCUCGCGGAAAUGUGCCUGCUGAAAGUUAUAACUUUUUUAUGGAUAUCCUAGUCAACACAAUGAGGGACUCUAUUGCUGACUGCGCUGAGAAGGCUUAUAAAACGUUACUAUUUAAAGAGGCAGGUAGAAUAUUUUUUUUCGAUAAUCAGAGGGAGUUAGAAGAAUAUACAGAAAAGAGAGGCUGGAAAACUGACCCCAGUAAAACAUAUUAUACUUUACGUGAAAAUGACGAAAACCAUGAAGCGGAUGUCUUUACGGUCAAUACUAAUAAGAUAUCUGGAUAUCUACUUGAAUAUGCUCGCGAAAUGGAAAAGAUUGUUUAGGAUAUUUUACAUUAUCGCACAAUGUACAUCCAUGUUCCCUUUUUUUAUAUAAUAUUGCG